AUGGGCAAAGGUACACUUCUGAUUUCUAACUUGUUCUUUGCUUAUGAAAGUUUGCUUUUCUUCAAAGCUACGGUCCUUGAGGCUGAAUCCAUGCGUGAGCUUCUGAAGACAUCCAAAAUCGCGUCAGGAUUAGAGAUUAAUUAUGGGAAGUCAGCCUUACUCUUCAUCACAAACACUCCUAUGAUUGAUAGAGGGAGAGUUUGCAACAUUCUACAGUUCCAUGAAGCUUCUCACCUUGGCAAGUAUUUGGGUGUACCGAUAUGUAUCAGGCGGAAGAAAUUGAUGGCUUUUAGCUUUAUCCAUGAUAGAGUAUGGCAUAAAUUGCAGAAUUGGAACACAAAAUACCUGUCGAGAGCUGGCAAAUCAGUCCUCAUUAAGGCAGUUUCAAAAUCUAUUCCUAAUCAUUAUAUGAGUGUGUACCUUCUACUAGUGGAGAUGUGUCAUGAGCUGGAGAAAAUGAUGAAUUCUUUUUGCAUCAAGGAAGUAGAAGAUUCUAUAUACUGGUGGCCAAAUAAGAUAGGUCUUUACAAAGUCAAAGAGGCUUAUCAACUGUUAACCUCAGUGGAGUCCCGUGACAUGAACACUCAUGAAGAUAACUUUUGGUUGAAACUGUGGAAGUUGCAAGGCCCUCCAAAAGUUCUAGAUUUGAUGUGGAGAGCAACAUCUCGAUGCUUGCCUACAAAGGCACGAUUAUUAGAGAAGAGUAUUCAGAUUGACACAGGGUGUAUUGUUUGUCAAGAGGGAAUAGAAUCUGAUGUUCAUAUACUUUUUUAUUGUCACUUUGCAAAAGAAUGUUGGCACCUAUCAGGCUUGUCGUUGCAGUAUGUUGGGCUAUCUGGAAGCAUCGAAAUGAAGUUUUAUGGAAUGGGGUUUACAUGUAUGCCAGAAGAACAGUCUGUCUGGCAACUUCUCUUCUCACCAGUUGGUAGGAAGCACAAAACAGAAGUGGAAAUGGGCAAAUGA